AGGUGCGUCUGCGCAGCCGAGCACGAAGUCGCUGGAGGGGCACACCUCGAUGACACGCUCACAGACGGGAGUUCAGACACACACUUCCUGGCUUGCGUGCGAAGCGGGAUCGCAGGGCAAUAAUCCCUCCAUCUUCCCUGGAAGGGUUUAGAGGCAGCAGCAGCAGCAGCCGUCUUGGAUAACUUUUGAUGGAUUCAGGAGGCCUGGAGACCUCUUGUGUGCCGGCACCUGGACAUAAUUUUCAUUCAGCCCUGCCCGAUGCCCCGACCUGGACUGCGGUGCCGAUGAGGAACCGAGGCUUAGCGCGAUCCCUAAUCCAAGGCCACGACGAGUGAGCCUGCUGGGAUUCCAGCCAGGAGCCUGUCCCUGGGGAGCACUUGUCACAGCCUUACCCUCUUCCGGGAGGCGCCACACUUACCCUUGUGGACCAACAAUCGAAUUAACAUGCUGAUACACACAUGGGGUACCAAGACCCCUGCCACUUACACGGGACACAGAGAGUGAAUCAGACCCGAAGGUCUGGCGGAGAAAGGAAAGGAUCCAUGCUGCCCUAAAGGAAAUAAACUGAUGUGACAGCAAGUGCCAUGAAAGGUGGCAGCUGCCCUUCCAGGAGCCAGUGGGGGGACCUGGGUGGCUGGGUAGGGACACCUGCCAAGUCCUCGCCUAAGCCAGCUACCACCCUACUCUGUUGGCUUCCCUUCUCCAACUGUGGGGACGCUGCUCAGGCCUUUCGUGACAUCACACCCGGGAGUCCUUGGGGUCCGGUCACUGCUGCUGGGCCCGGCGAGGUUCAAGCUCCGGUCGCCCUGCCCCCUACCCCCCAUGCCAGAUCAGGCAUCGUUGUGGGCAAACAAUUAUCUGGAUGAUCUUUAUGGGGCUUAAGCUUGGGUGGGAGCAGAUGGGGCAUGAGCUGGGGAUUUGGGGAUGGGGGGAAUCCACACCCCCACGUCCCGGACGUUUAAAAGGCCCUCUCUGGCACUGGGCCGGGACAGAGGCCAGCAGGAAAGUGACCGGAGUCCAGGGACAUGAUGGAUCAGGAGGAGAAGCCGGAGGAGGGCUCAGGCCCCUGUGCCGAGGCGGGCUCCCCAGACCAGGAGGGCUUCUUCAAUCUGCUGAGCCACGUGCAGGGUGACCGGAUGGAGGGGCAGCGCUGUUCACUGCAGGCCGGGCCGGGCCAGACCACCAAGAGCGAGAGCGACCCCACCCCUGAGAUGGACAGCCUCAUGGACAUGCUGGCCAGCACCCAGGGCCGCCGCAUGGAUGACCAACGUGUGACAGUCAGCAGCCUGCCCGGCUUCCAGCCCGUGGGGCCCAAGGACGGAGCGCAGAAACGAGCUGGGACCCUCAGUCCCCAACCCCUGCUCACCCCUCAGGACCCGACCGCUCUCGGCUUCCGUCGGAACAGCAGCCCCCAGCCCCCGACACAAGCCCCCUGAGGGCCUGAGGCAUCCUGGGCCUUACUCGGCCCCCAAAAACUGAUAAAAGAAUAAAACACUUCCAUGAGUAACAAG